GUAAAGGGUGAGAGACGGAGUGACCAAGCCUUCCCAUUCUAACCACCACCCGUCUAUAGGGCUGAUUCAGCCUGUUCCAAGGCCCAGAACCUUCUUUUGCUAGACCCUAGAGCCUUUGUCUUUAGUCAUGAGGCCUGAUGGGGUGGGGACAGCAGAUAAAAGGCCCCAAAGGCAGCAUCCACGCUCUUCCACUGAACUGCUGUCCACAUGAAACCACUGAUGCAACCCCUGGCCCAGGCCCUGCCCUUCUCUCUCGGAAAUGUUCUUCGAGGCCCGGGUCUCCAGGUGCCUGUCCUUAAGAUGGGCACAGGGUGGGAGGGCUUACAGCGAACUCUGAAGGAAGUAGCCUACAUCCUCCUCUGCUGCUGGUGUAUCAAGGAACUUCUGGAUUAGUGGUGGCAGGGAAAACCUCGUCACCCUGACACCGAGACCUGCAUCCCUCAGAUUCCCAGAGCCAGCUGGCCUUCACCAAGGACAGGCCACCAACAAGUGAAGAGUGAAAUAUGGACCCUGCUUUGGGCUGUCCAUCUGUCCAACCUGCCUCAUCCUGGGGCAUCCCGUCUCUGGUGUACUUCUGGUAGGCACAAGCUUGGCUUGCUGGCUAAGACUCCGAUGAGACUGCAGCAGGAUCUAGUACUCCUCCAAAAUUGGCACAGUGAGCUCACCAACCCGGAUGACUGAUCUGGCCAUGUACUUGAAGGACCAGGAAUGGACUGCCCCUAAGAUCUCUGGUAAUCAUGGAACUACACAUAUAAUAAAUAGGCCUUGAGGCCAGAAUUUC